AAUAACAAUAACAGACGUCUAAAAUGGUGGAAGCUGGCGUGGUUAUGCUAGCUACUUUUGUUUAAUACAGUUCAUUAGCAGAAUCAGUUUGCAGGUUAUUUUGCAUAAUUUCCAUACAGUCGUGACAUAAAAUCAAAACGAAAGUUUAACUGUGAGUUUCUCAAACCGUUGUUAGUUCAUAUUUCCAGUGCCUCUCGGCAAGUUAGCUAGCUAGCUAGCUACCACUUCCAUGAUCGGUACUAGCACGAUAGCUAGCUUUCGGUCUGUAUCGUUAUUACCAAACUUAAGCUUUAAUCGCAAAGACACACAAUACAAUUACUUGCAUUGUAGCUAGUUUGACCAAACGUUUGUCCUUUUGAAGCAGAUAUUCAGGACACGACAACAGUGGUUAUGGAGGUGGCCAAGAUGGAGAAGAGAAUGCCGGAGCUCCUGGAGACUGGGGAGAGGGUAGAAAACAAUAUAAAGACGAAAACUGAUGAAGAAAGAGAUGAUGAUGAAAAUAUGUCAGAUUCCCCAUGUGAGUCUGUUCCCUCCACAAAUGUAACACCCAUCAAGGAGACAGAAAUGGAGGAUGGUUCUGACUCUCUGGGUGGAAUUAAAAAAGCAGUGGUUGUCUUGACCCGACUCCCUGAUUAUAAGAUCAGUGCUCUGCGACCACCAACACCUCAGCAGUUUUACAGUGAAGAUGACUCCCUCAGCAGCUCUGAUUCUGAUAUGCAGUGGGAACCAGACGAUGAUUCGAGUGAUUCUGAUUUCUCACUCUCAAACAAUAAAAAGAAAACUGGAAAGCAUGCCAAGACUGGCUCAACAAGAAGUAGAAACAACAACAAUGUGCCAGAAACAGCCCCAGUAAUAGUAUCAGCUGCUUUUGCCCAUUGCUCCACUGAAACCACAAAGAUUCGUCCGAACUUGCCAGAAGAAGAGCUCAAAGUGGACAUGAUAGUCCUGGCCAGGAAGAGGUCCAUGAGAUGGCAACGGGCGAAAAUAGUGGAUAUAGUAACAAAGGAAGAUGGACGGUUGAAGUACAAAGUUAGUUAUGAAGAAAAGGGACGGAGCCUAGUGUCUGGCCAUCACAUUGCCUUUGAAACCACACCGAAGCUGGAGCAGCUGUAUGUCGGUGCUCGUGUUGUGGUCAGGUGUCCAGAUAACAAGUUCCGGUUCCGGCCUGGUGUUUUGGCAGAGCUUCCCAGCAGAAAGAACCGCUUAAGGUUCCUGGUUUUUAUGGAUGAUCACACGCCGGUCUAUGUUGGUUUACCUUUAUUUCGCCUGGUCUGCAGACCACUGGAAAACGUUUUAGAUGACAUUCCAGACUGCCCUCACAAGUCUUUUAUGACGCAAUACCUGAAGGACUGGCCGUACCCACAUUUGACCCAGUACAGGGCUGGACAGAGCCUUAAUGUUGAAAUAAAUGGAGCCCAGCAGAGGUGCGAAGUGGAGUUGGUUGACAGCAGCUUGAUUCAGGUCGUUUUUCAGGAUAAUCAACAUAAGGAGUGGAUCCAUCGAGGCUCCAUGCGACUUGAACACAUGACAAGAUUUUUGGAAAUGAAAGAAGUGGAAGAGCAUAGUGAUGAUUCUGACUAAAAGCCCAAAACAAAGGUAGUGGCUCUGGAAUAUAAAAAUGAAAAAAUCCAUUUUCAAUAAUCUUUAUCACCCUGAAGUGAUGUACCGUUGGAUUUUUUAUUUUUUUAUUUUUAGGAAACAUGAACUGAACCAUUUCAGCCUAAAAUUAAGAUUAGCAGUUAUGAGAUGAGUGGACAUGAAUGACUCAAGCCAGACGUUUGUUCCAUUCUGAUUUUCUGAAUUUAAUUAUUUUAAUUAUGUGCAGAUAUAGUUGGUGUAUUUUUACGUUUCCAACUAAAGUUGUGCACCAUUAAAACAAUAAUGAACAAUGAAAUGUGAAUUUAUCAUAAAGAAAACUGCAUAAUCAAGCAGCUGUAAAUUCAAACAAGCAACUGUGCAUGUCGCAGACAAGAAUAUAAGCUUUCCAUUUUAUUUUAUAAAACUUUUUUUUUACAGGGUGACCGACCAAGCCCAGAUUGUGAUUUAAAUGAUGAAUUUAAUGUAGACUAGGACUUAAAUGUGAGGGGUUUGUUGGAACAUUAUUAAAAAAUGUGAGAGAAG